AUGAAUCUCAACACAGCGACUUUAACCGACCUGCAGCAACUACCAGGUGUCGGCUACAUUACAGCACAGCGUAUUGUUGAAUCGCGCCCUUUCUUUUCGAUCACAGACCUUUUGAGAGUGAAAGGUAUUGGGUCUGCUAAAUUCGCCGCUAUCACAGCGAAAUACCAGAUUUACGUGGAUGAAAAAUCUUUAGAUGUGGAUACUAAUGUUAAAUGCAAUUUAGCGCUUUCUGAGAUUGAUUUGAAUACAGCGAGUGAGAGACAACUGCAGCAACUCAGUGGAGUAGGACCAGCAUUGGCUCAACGAAUUAUUAAUGCGAGGCCUCUUUAUCGAAAAGAAGAUCUUUUGGCUGUGAAUGGUAUCAAUACAAAGUCCUACAUGAAGAUACAAGUGAUGGCUUAUGUCGAAAAGACCUCUGGAAAUGCUAAAUCGGGAAACGUCAAGGAUGUUGAUGUAGACAAAGUGGAUACUGAUAGGAACUUUCACGAUAGCAAAGAGAUCGAACGUGAUGUUCGCGGAUCUCUCGCUUUCAUGUCAAACAGCUAUGGUGAUGACAACCGCCCAUUUCUUGUGGCCAGUUGGAAUAUUCGGAAUAUCUCACGACGAAAAAACGUUUAUUUGCUAGAACGUAUUGCCAAGGUGUUGGAUGAAUUUGACCUUGUUGCGCUGCAGGAAGUGAGAGAUCUGCUUGUCUUAAAGAGGCUUAAGACGAUGAUGCCCGGCUGGGACUAUGAGGUUUCCGAAGCGGUAGGGAGCAUGAUGUCGGAUGCAAAGAAAAGGCUCGAACGCUACGCCUUUUUUUAUCGGCGUUGCGCUGUUGAGCUCGUUGAAAAAUGUUCGCUUAUUGAAGAUAGCAGCAAAAUGCUCAUUAGGUCACCGUGCGUUGCUUCUUUUCAAUCGACAAAAAUGCUCGGAUCGUCAAAGCUGAUUUUUACGCUCAUGAAUGUGCACGUUUCUUUCGGCAACAAACAAAAACGUCUUGCUGAAAUUGUAGAAAUUAAUCGGUUGGUGGAUGAGAUGAGUACAUCAGCGCCAAAGAAGCGGAUUGUCGUAUUAGGGGACUUCAAUCUGUCACAACAAGAUUUGUUGAACAGUUCAAGCCUUUAUAGACUGGCGCUUAUUCGAUCCCCUCUUUCGACUACAGUUUACAACAAACUCUACGACAACAUAUUAAUCGAUAGAUCCGAUUUCCGUAAUUGCAAGGAAGGUGAGUACGACUUUAUUGUAGACAGCGGAGUACUCCGCAUAGAUUGGAGAUAUUAUCCACUUUCAAAGAGUUGUCUUUCAGCCGCGCAUACUUUAUCAAAUUCGGCGAUGCCUCCGCGACUUCAAACGUAUAUGUCUCGCGUACAAUGCUGUUACGAGCUUUCAGAUCAUUGUCCCGUGUGGGUUGCUUUCACAGUCGUGAGCAAACAAAAGAAUCGCGUCAUUGGUGAAGCUACAUGCAAGAGCUCGAGUGAAUGUAUUGGUACCUAA